AUGGGUUGCACGGUGUCCAAGCUUGACAACGAGGAAACGGUGCGACGGUGCAAGGAGCGUCGCCGCCUAAUGAAAGACGCCGUUUACGCGCGCCACCAUCUCGCGGCGGCGCACUCCGACUACUGCCGCUCCCUCCGCCUCACCGGCUCCGCACUCUGCACCUUCGCUGCUGGCGAACCCCUCGCCAUCUCCGACGACACUCCCGCCGUCGUUCUCAACUCAUCUACCGGCACCGCCAAAAAUCCCCAACCGUCGCAUCCUCCUCCUUCUCCUCCUCCUCCUCCUUUCGCCACCGUAACAAACCCUAUACUCCCUCACAUCCUCCCUCACAUUCUCUCCGAAUCGAGCCUCGCUUCUUCGCCGAGAAGCCAAUCGUGGAAUUUCUUCCCCACCGCGCAUCAAUCAACAACACCUACUUCGCAAGCUUCUUCCGCUUGGAAUUGGGAGAAUUUCUAUCCUCCUCCGACUCCUCCAGGCUCCGAGUACUUCCGCCAGCGCUCGCAGCAGCAGAAUCACGGUGAGUCGCAUCAACUACCACAACGGCACCACAUGGAACCUGAGGCUUCCGAAUCUGAAUACGAUUACUUCCGCGAACAAGAACCUGUUCACGCGGACCGUGAAGAGGUUCGGUGCAGCGAGUGGGAGGACCGCUACAGUUCCACGAGCUCGUCGGAGCAGGAGGAGGGAGUCGACGGUUUAGGAUCGCCGGCGAAGGCGGAAUCUGUCGCCGGCGAUAACUGCGAUGCUCCGGCGGCGAAGGAUGAGAAGGAGGAGGAUGGUGUUGCGGAGAAGGUGGUGGUGAGACAUAGGGAUUUGAAGGAGAUUAUUGAAGCGGUUAGAGAUAACUUUGAGAAAGCUGCGGUUGCCGGAGAUCAGUUAUCGGAGAUGCUCGAGAUCAGUAGAGCGCACCUUGAUCGGAGUUUCAAGCAACUGAGGAAAACGGUGUACCACUCAAGCAGUAUAUUGAGCAACCUGAGCUCGACAUGGACCUCGAAACCGCCAUUGGUCGUUAAAUAUCGGCUCGAUGCCGGUUCGUUGGAUGGACCGGCCGGUUCAAAGAGCCUUUGCUCCACUUUGGAACGCCUUUUGGCUUGGGAAAACAAACUCUACCAGGAAGUUAAGGCUAGAGAAGGUGUGAAGAUUGAGCAUGAAAAGAAAUUGGCAGCUCUGCAGAGUCAGGAAUACAAAGGGGGUGAUGAAGCAAAGCUAGACAAAACCAAGGCUUCCAUAACAAAGUUACAGUCACUAAUUCUUGUCACAUCUCAAGCUGUGUCUACUACCUCAUCUGCCAUUAAUGGCCUUAGGGACUCCGAUCUUGUUCCUCAGCUUGUUGACCUUUGUCAUGGAAUCAUGUACAUGUGGAAAUCAAUGCACCAAUACCACGAAAUUCAAAGCAACAUUGUGCAGCAAGUCCGUGGCCUUGUGAACCAAUCAUCCAAAGGUCACUCAACAUCUGAAUUCCACAAGCAGGCAACUAGAGAUCUUGAAUCAGCUGUGUCAGCUUGGCACUCCAGUUUCUGCCGCCUCAUAAAAUUUCAACGUGACUUUAUCCUGUCUCUACAUGGCUGGUUCAAGGUGAACCUUAUUCCAGUCGACAAUGACAACAUCAUCAACAACAACAGCAGUACUGAACCAUCUAAUGUGUUUUCCUUUUUUGAUGAAUGGAAACUUGCUCUUGACCGUGUCCCAGACACAGUUGCUUCUGAAGCCAUCAAAAGCUUCAUCAAUGUUGUCCAUGUAAUAUCAGUCAAGCAAACUGAAGAGCUCAAGAUCAAAAAGAGAACUGAGACUGCUUCCAAGGAACUCGAGAAAAAAUCUUCAUCUCUGAGAAACAUAGAAAGGAAGUUCUACAACUCAUAUUCUAUGGUAGGCAUUACCCCUCCUGAAUCUGUGCCUGACAAUGGACAAGGCUUGGAUGCAAGAGACCCUCUUGCCGAGAAAAAAUUGGAACUAGCUUCCUGCCAAAGGCGUGUUGAAGAUGAAAUGGUGAGGCAUUCAAAGGCUGUUGAGGUGACAAGAGCUAUGACCCUCAACAAUUUACAGACAGGUUUGCCUGGAGUGUUUCAGGCAUUGACCAGUUUUUCUUCAUUAUUCACUGAGGCUCUUGAGUCAGUUUGUAGCCGUUCAUAUGCCAUCAAGUAG